AUGGCAACAGCAAGAACAAACCUACAGCAACAGCAAGAACAAACCUAUGGCAACAGUAAGCGAUUAAACAGCAAACAAGCAAUUUCCGGCUAUAACAAAACUCCACGGCACGCACUUGUUAAUAUCUUUUGGACAAGGCUCAAUGGUUAUAUAUUAGAUAAUGGUGAUAAGCGUAAAACUUUCGUUUGUAGACUUUCAAAACCUAAGGAAUCAAGCAGAAGAAAAGAAAACCUCCCUUCUGAAAAGCUUUGCAUAACCUGGAAAAGAGACGCUGUAAAUUUUGAAGCUAAAAUCAAAAUAACGUGGUUAGCGGCAUCGAAUAUGGUUACAAUUGAAAGGGUAAAUGGUGCCUCUGAUCAUAGCUAUUUGAUAGAAGAAAGUGACAUGCAUAAAUGGUCAAAAUUUAUUAGGGAUAUGGUGGGCAAUGAGGCAAUUAAGAACUACAAACCCCUGACAAUUGCAAAUGUUGUUAGGAAAGAG